AUGCGUGUGCUUGUUGCAGAGGGCGUGCUGCAUGUAGACCACGGCGAGGCGGGCCAGCCGUCCAACCUCAAUAUAAGUGAUGUCAGUCGUUCAAUCCUCGCGCUAUGUUUGCCUCCAUACUCUUCUCGGUACCCUAUCAACAAUAUUCCACAUAUAACAAUUCGUUUCACCUCACCGUCUCCGUUGUUCGCUUCACUUUCUCUCCGGUUUUUCCCCGCUGCAGCAUCCUUAUGA